UAUGCGCGCGCGAAUUUUAAUUACAAGGAUCCACUAUAAUUUGCUUACAUGAAAUCGUAAUAUUAUUGAAAAGUCAAAACCACUCAAAGAUGGCGGCAAACACGAGUGAACGAAAAUUACAAAAAGAACUAGAUUUCACUUCCCCUUCGUUCAACGCAUUGAAAGCUUUGUACAGCAAACACCUUCAGCCUCCUGUAGCAAGUGCACAUAUAUUUAACAACAUAAACGAAUACGCGAAGUCACUGAAAACUGGGAAAAAUGAGCCGAAACAAACGGGAGAAGGUGACCUUGCAGACAGGUUGAAAAAUAUUGCAGAGAAUAAGUUGAAUAAGCUUCGUAAUAGGAAGCGAGAUCCUAGCAAAUUGGAGCAUUUGAUGAAAGUAAAAAGCCAGACUGAUGGCAUUGUGGAAAAAGUCGCCAUGUUGGAGAAAACCAAAAAGAAGGGUCAACAAAUGAAUGUCUUGGAGAGAAUGGAAGGUAGGUAUUAAUUAUUAAAACUGGGUAUUAAUUAUUAAAAUUUGUUGGUAUUAAUUAUUAAAACUCUAUAUGAUAGAUAUUUAUACAAAGUGUCUGUAGAACCAGCUAUUUAGUAAACUGGGUUAUAUAGUGACUACAGUUAAAGUUGAAUACAAGGUAAACCAAUCCAAACCCUUCUGUAACCCCUAACCUAAUCUUUUGAGAGUUAGAAAAGGUGGGGAAAAAAGUUUAAAAAAUUUUGAGAAAAAAAAUCUGCUAAGUCAGACAAAACCUGACCCAGAUUGCAUUUCACUUUACACAUGCAACACAUUUACUGUAUACGCUAAUGGUAAGCUAGGUAAAAACUAGUGCAAACCAAAGUUUUUAUAUUUUUAAAACUAUAGUCGCUAUAUAGCUGGCAGUUUACUAAAUAGCCACCUGCUGGUUGAAUAGACACUUUGAUAUUUAUGAGAGAGGAAUCUUUUGUAUGUUUAAUAUGUAAUACACGCUUAAACUAAUGCACUAGUCAGUUGAAACCCCGACCCCCGGACAGGGCAGGAAAUUAACAGAGGAAUGGCUGUGGAUUAACACGGUUUUAAUGCACCAUUUCCCGCUGGGGUACAGGGUAAAUGACAAGUCAAUUUAUUAGCUGGGACUUUAACACGUGGCUGAUAUGAAAGUGGACUGGAACGAGUUUAUCCUCGUGGCAACAUGGUGGAAUCUUCGAAAUCAGAGAAUUGUUUCCUUAAAGUUUUUCUUAAAAAAAAGGGAAUGCCAAUAGAUUUUCACUUUUUAUAUAUUCCUGAUGAUGAUUGCAAGAUACUCGAAACAUAGAUUAUUCAGUAUCUUUUGAUGCAGAACAAAGUUUAAGAUCAAGAAUUGCCUUCAUAUGUUUGAACAUAUUUUUAUAUACUUCAACAAUUUCCCAUUUCCCAAGUUAUGAAAAUUUGCAAGUGCUGGGGCCAUAGGGGCGGUAACUUUAACAGUCAAUAUUCCCCUGGUAGCGGGGAAAUUACCAAGCUUUAACAUUGUCAAGAUGUUAAUUUCACCGCCCUAUCCCAGAGGUCGGGGGGCCGGGGUUUCAAUUGACUAGUGCGUAAUGAAUAUACUUUUCCACUUGAUUAUUAACACGUUUCUCAAGCGGCAAACAAACUGUAACUUAAAAGUAUGUUUAGUGCUUUAUCUGUAAACUGAUGCCAAAAUGAAGAGAUUUUAGAUGGCAUGGUGGUCAAACUGGAAGAACUGAAGCCACAUGUGAUUGAGCUCAAUAUAUAGAGAAUACUACAUGGUUGCUUGGAAAUAUGGAAUUUAUUUCUCAUGUUGAAGAGAAUAUUGGUCACAAGUGAGCGCAAGACCAAUAUUCUCUUCAACACGAGAAAUAAAUUCCAUAUUUCCAAGCAACCAUGUAAUAUUGUGUUUAUUAUAUAAACAAAUUAUUAUUGUAAACAAACGACAAUUAAUCAUAUACUGAAACUCAAAACAAAUAUGUAAAUAGUGAUCCAGUUACAAAUAUAUACAAUGUUCAAUUAAAAAAUGCUGUCAUUGUCUCCUUUAAAAGCAUAUCAAAGUGCAGAAAUGUACGUAUAUAAAAUUAGUAAAUCAAAAACGAACAAGUUCUCUGAUUGGUCAAACAUAGUUCCUACGCGCUUCAAAAAUGAUAUUUUCACACGUAAAAAUAUCGUAUUUUUUACUUGUGUUUAAAUACGAUUUUUCUCACUGGCCAAAAACUCUAUAUAACACUUAUGUUUAUAUAAUAAAUGUAAAAUCUGCAUGAGACAACUGCAUAUUGCAGGGACCAAACACUGAUGGUGGCAUAUGUUCAAAACACGUAAUGAUAAAGGCUCUUUCCUUUAGUAUAUUGGUUAUUUAUAAUUAACUUAAUUUAUUUUAUCAGAGAAGCACAAAGAAGGACCGCUAAGUAUUUUAUACAACUGUAUUGAAAAGAAAACAAAGUUGAAAGUCUGGACGCGGAAGUUGAAAGGAUUACGUGGAGUUUGCGUUGGAUAUCUGAUCGCUUUCGAUAAACACAUGAAUCUGGUAAGCUUUAAUGUUGCAUAUGCAAAUUUCACUAAGACUUUUUAUUAAUUAAUAUGAUAUACCCCGCCCCACACCCUAAUAAUUAUUUUUGUAGCUGUAGCUGCAGUUGUAAAGCAACAACUUGUCCUGCCCUCCGGAAAAUAUACAACCUCCCCUGCGGAUGAAUCAUUAUUAUUAACAUCAGGCAUAAUUAAAAUGUGUGAGUGUGCAGGCACAUUUUGAAUUUUUGCAGGCACAUUUUAAAAUGCUGACAUUUUUACAAUAUUUAGGUCUCAAAAUCUAAAUAAGAUGUGUUUUUGCAGGUACAUUUUGAAUUUUGCUCUCAGGCCCGAAAAAAUGUUAAUGAGGCCUGAUUAACAUGCUUUGUGUGAGAAUAGACAAUGUUUUUAUCUGCAACGGUUCAUCAAGCGAUCAUAUAUUUCUUUUAUAUGUACAGUUAGUUUGUAGUAUGCAAGACAUUUUUUCAGAUGGUGGAUUUCAAGCCCAAAGGCCACACAGGCCCUUUGUACGAAGUCAAAAUUAAUGAGUACUGGAUAGCAUGGAGAACAGUGAGAUUUUCAAAAUAAUGAGAUGGUAAUUUGGGCAUUCUGAUCACUGGAUCAUGACUGGAUGGCACAAGUGUUAUGUAAAUGGCUUACUGCGGCAGCAAUCCAAGAAUGGUUUAACUCUAAGAAGAAUGGCAAGGACAGCUACAUAUACGAAGAAAGAAUACGUAUGAUCAGCACUCAUGUGACCUUAUCAGCAUUGGAUGAAGGGCAAAGGCGAACAUGGCACUGUUCUCUUUCAUAAACGAUGAAGAAAUAUUAAAUCUUUCAAAAGAAUACAAACGAAAAUUCGUGUUGUUCAAUUUGCACUUACAUUAUUUUGUCUCAUUCUAUUCAUUCAGUUCCUCGUCUCUGUAGUUCAAUGAAUUCCUUCAUAAUUACUUGACAUAUCUAUUAAAUCCCUGAGCAAACCAGCCAAAGACUUCAAGCUAAUUGCUACAAGUCCGAACAGAUCUUGUUGCUACAAGUCCGAACAGAUCUUGUUGACAAACAAGAUGCGACAUUUUUACAUUGAGAUUGAUAACUUUUAACCUUUAAAUGCUAAUGCUAAUCCACCUCAAUCCCGGCUUCGUAUAACUCGACCAUUGGUAAGUUACCGUAACUAUUGGCCUCAUUUUCUCUCAGCAUUCAGAUCGAGCACUGCACAAUAAUCGCACGGGUUCGAUUCGUAAAUAUAGUUCUAUUUUUCGCAACUGUUACCUGUCUCAACUAUCUACUAUGGACUGCAAGAGAACAUUGAAAAUUUUCUGGAAAUAAUCAAGUAAAUCCACACUUGCAUGGACACUGUAACUAUGUAACACUAUAACAAGUCAAACUGGAUGUCGUGCUGUAUUUUACAGGAAAAAAAUAUUUCACUGAGAAUCUUAAAAUAUAACAUAAAACUAAUGUAGAUAUAACAUGCUUCAAGGGUUGAUCCUAACUAUCCUAAGGUAAAUACAGAUGCCAAAAAAGCUAGGGCACUAAUAGGAGACACUAUCAGGGAGAUCCAUGCUCCCCCAGAAAUUUGUGAAAAUCAGGUGUCCUAGAUCGACAACAUUUGUUACAUCAUUCUAUAGUCUAUACAUUUAUACACUCUCACACUAUUAAGGUGGAUGCACUUAUAAUUGCAUUUCUGAGGUCAUGGUUUGAAUUUUCCUAUGAAUUUCUCCUCUUCAUCUAAAUUAUUACAAUUUUUCUUCUCUUUGGGACCAAUGGGGGCAUAUAGUAUUUCCCGCAUUUCCGUCCAGGUAUAUGCUAACACCCAGUAGUUACUGGCGUCAUUUUUCGUUCCAAGGCCAUGAUGGAUGUUGAUGAAAUGUUUGCGAUUGAAGAAGAAGUUGUGAUGGAUCCAGCAGAAUCCUUGGCGGCGUCUUUGAAAAAAAUUGAGAAAAAGAAAGAGAAAAAACGAAAAUGGCGUAGACGGAAAAGAGAAAGAUUAAGAAAUGAUGAAAGGAUGGUGGGAGAUAAGAAUAAUGGCAACGAAGGUCUUAACAUCAACUUUAAAGCACAGGAAUGUUCUGGUACUAAUAUGGGAUUGUUUGAAUCGAGUACUAGUACUAGUAUGGAAAUUGAAAAUAGUAGGGCAAGUAUUUCAGGAGAAAUAGAAGGAAAUUUGGACCGUCAAUCGAUAGAGAACUGGCUCCAAAGUGAUUUGGGAAAUGAUUUAGACAAUUCAAGUGAUGAUAGACUUAGGAUGCGCCUCAAAGCAAUGGAAUGCUCUACUACUAAUAUAGGAUUGCUUGGAUCCACUGCGAGUAUAGACACUGAAAACAAUGAGAGGAACUCUUUCGCAUUUGGUAGUGAUGGUUUGGAUGAAACUUUAGACCGUCGACCAAAAGAGGACAGCAGCCAAAAUUAUUUAAAUAGUGAAUGUUUUACGAUGGAAAGGAAAUCAAAGGGAUGCUCUACUGGAUUGUUUGAAUCAAAUGUGAAUAUAGACACUGAAGAUAGUGAGCUGCAGAUAAAGAAGAGAGAAAGAUUAAGAGAAAAAGGAGAACGUACGAUGAAUGACGAAGGUGAUGGAAAAGGUCUUACAAUGGACAUUAAAGAGAAUGAAUGCUCAACUACUAUUAAUCCUGCUACUAUAACUGGGUUGCUUGAAUCGAAUAUAAGUAUAGUCGAUGAAAAUAGUGGGAUAAACAGCUUAAAAAGCAAUGGUGGUAUUGCUGACAGUUUAAACUGCCAAGCGAACUAUGCUGAGCGCGAUUUCACGAACGAUUUUGGCGACGAAAAUAUAGAAAAUCAAAGUCUUAGAAUGGGUGUAAAAGCAACAGAAUACUCUUCUACAAUAUCUAAUGUUGAAUUGCUCGAAUCUGAUGUAAGUAUGGAAACCGACAACAGCCAAAUAAGUACUAAGGAUAUUUCGCAAAGCCAUGAUAGUAUUGAGAAAAGAUCAGGCCAGCAGCAAGUUGAUGAGGAUGUUCGACUUGAUUUGAAAACAGAUGUGGACAAUGUGGGGAAAGAAAAUGUAGACAGUUUAAGUCCUAAGAUGGAUAUACAAGCAAAAUCGUUGGACUUUGUGAAUGAAAAGAUUUCUGUUGAUAACCAAGAAUCUCAGAAACCACUUGGACAUAUUGAGACUGAAGGCGAUGUAUUCGUAGGGUAUAAGGACGAAACAUUAGUUGAGAUAUCGACAGGUGGAGACCAGACACAGGAUUCUUGUAGCGAUGGGGAAGAUGGGAGCGCUAAGACGAGUCAAAGCUUUCGCAGUGGUGAGGAGGAAGGAGUAGUAGAACUGCUACAAGAAGAGAGCGAUGGAAAGGAUCUUUCUACAAACGACGAAGGCAACAAAGACGACAGUUUUGGAGAAGAAACAACAAGUAACGAGGUCACAAUUUACAGUAUUAUGAAGAAAGUAAGAAGAACAGAAAGUGAACUUAAAGAAGCUGGAUCCUUGCUGAGCAAUGAUAAAAAUACCAACACCUAUCCAUAUCAACCUUACUCGAUAUUACAAAGCAAUGUUUUGUCUAUGGAGGUGGAUGAAGAACCUCAGAAGCCACUUGGACAUAUUGAGACUGAAGUCGAUGUAUUCGUAGGGUAUAAGGACGAAACAUUAGUUGAGAUAUCGAUAGGUGGAGACCAGACACAGGAUUCUUGUAGCGAUGAGGAAGAUAGAAGCGCUACGAUGAGUCAAAGCUUUCGCAGUGGUGAGGAGGAAGGAGUAGUAGAACUGGUACAAGAAGAGAGCGAUGGAAAGGAUUUUUCUACAAACGACGAAGGCAACAAAGACGACAGUUUUGGAGACGAAACAACAAGUAACGAGGUCACAAUUUACGGCAUUAUGAAGGAAGUAAAAAGAACAGAAAGUGAACUUAAAGAAGCUGGAUCCUUGUUGAGCAAUGAUAGAAAUACCAACACCUAUCCAUAUCAGCCUUACUCAAUAUUACAAGGCAAUGUUUUGGCUAUGGAGGUGGAUGAAGGGUCGCAGGACUCGGUUAUGUUUGAUUGGUCGCUUGAUAGAGAGGGUGCAGCGAUGGGUGUACAAGCAGUUACAUUGCAUCACAAGAUAACGUAUGGUGAGGAGAUACGUGGUAGUAUGAAACAGGUUUGCGGUAUUGAUAGCUUGGUGAAGGCUGUUGGGGAUGGUGACGGUGAUAGUAGUGGUGCUAUUGGUGAGGAUGGUGGUGGUAAUGCUGAGGGUAUUGGUGAGGAUGUCGGUUAUGAUAAUUAUGGCAGCAACAGUGAUGAUAUCGAGGUUGAUUAUGUGAUGACUAAGGUUAGUGAAAUGGAUGAUGAUAGUUGUGAUGGUAAUAAUGGUAACGGUGGUGAUGGUAAUAAUGAUAGUGAAUAUGUUGGUGAUACUGAUGAAAGUGAUGGUGGUAAUUAUGAAGAUGUUGGUUAUUAUGGUGAUAGUGAUGGUACUAUUGCUAUUGGUGGAGAAAUGGUUGAUAGUGCGACAAAUAAGAAUGAUGAAAAGGCUGAUUUUGGUGGUGGUAGUUGUGAAGAUAAUAAUGUUGAUGCUGAUCAGCUUGGUGAUGUUAAUAAUGGUAAUGGUGAUAAAGUUGAUAAUAUCGAUGAUGGUGAAGAUGGUAUAUGUGAUGAUGGUAUUCUUGAUCUUAGUAAAGGUACCAAUGAUCAUUCUAAUAGUCAUGAUGGUAAUUAUGGUUCUCGUGCUGUUGAAGGUACCAGCCAUAAUCACGACGAUGGUACUGGUAAUGAAAAUGAUGAUGGUACAUCUAUUGUUGCCCAUGGGAAAGGUACUGAUAAUGGUGCUGGUAGUCAUGAUGGUGAUGGUAGUAGUAACAUUGGAAAUGGCAGCAAUGAUGGCGGCGAUAGUGUAGGAGGCAUUAGUAUUGUCAAAGGUACUGAUAAUAAUCCUAAGGAAAAAAGCAUUGAUGAAGGAAAACUGCGCUCGACAGUCAAGGGUGAAAGAGACAACGGCAGGGAUGAAGAACACUCUGUGGCAGAGAAAACGGUGACAGAAAUAUUGACAGAUGUUCCCCAGUCGGGAAAUAGGGAAAUAACAAAACAAGAGAAUGUUGAGGAGAAAGAGGAAGGAGAACUGACCUCAAGUAGUGAUGACGAGAAUCUGGAAAAAUGUGGGGACUCACGAAAGGACAAGAAAAAGCACAAAGCAGGUUUGGAGAAGGUUUUAGCCCCGAAAUGUGACGAGAAGAAGUCAAACGUAAGGCUAAAAAGUACUGGAACAACUUCAAAGGAGAUACAAGGAGAUGGAGAUAAAGAAAAGCGCAAGAGGAGGAAUUCCAUUUCUUGCGCGAGAGAAAGAAGUAGUGAGAUAAAAGAGAAAAUAAGUGAUGAGAAAAGAGGACAAAAGUCUGUGAAAGAAAGACGGCGGAGUCUAGUUGAGAAAGGGAUUGAUCACGAUGAUCGUUCUUCAAAGAGAGCUACAAGUAAAGAUAAAACUGAAGGCAGGAAAAUAUCUCUCAGUAAAGAAAGGAAAAGUGAGAAAGACCAUAUUAAAACGAUUAAUAAAAGACGAAGUUCAAGUACAAGUCAGAAACGUAAUGUCACUGAUAUAGCGGACAAAACGGGUGAUAGUUCUCCAAGGAUAGUUGAAAGUAAAGACAAUGCUAAAAGCAGAAAAGUAUCUACUAGUAAGGGAAGGAAGCGUGAGAAAGACAAUGUUAAAGCGAUUAAGGAAAGACGAAGUUCAAGUACAAGUCAAAAACUUAAUGCCACUGAUAUAGGGGACAAUACGGAUGAUAGUUCUUCAAAGACAGUUGAAAGUAAAGACACUGCUAAAAGCUAUAAAAUAUCUACUAGUAAAGGAAGGGAGCAUGAGAAAGACAAUGUUAAAGCGAUUAAGGAAAGACGAAGUUCAAGUACAAGUCAAAAACGUAAUGCCACCACUGAUAUAGGGGACAAUACGGAUGGUAGUUCUUCAAGGACAGUUGAAAAUAAAGACACUGCUAAAAGCAGCAAAAUGUCUGCUAGUAAAGGAAGAGAGCGUGAGAAAGACAAUGUUCAAAGGAUUAAGGAAAGACGAAGUUCAAGUACAAGUCAAAAACGUAAUGUCACUGAUAUAGGGGACACGGAUGAUAGUUCUUCAAAGACAGUUGAAAAUAAAGACACUGCUAAAUGCAGCAAAAUAUCUACUAGUAAAGGAAGGGAGCUUGGGAAAGACAAUGAUAAAACGAUUAAGGAAAGACGAAGUUCAAGUACAAGUCAAAAACGCAAUGUCACUGAUAUAGGGGACAAUACGGGUGAUAGUUCUUCAAAGACAGUUGAAAGUAAAGACAAUGCUAAAAGCAGCAAAAUAAAUACUAGUAAAGGAAGGGAGCUUGAGAAAGACAAUGUUAAAACGAUUAAGGAAAGACGACGUUCAAGUACAAGUGAAAAACGUUAUGUCACUGAAAAGGAAGUCGAUAAGGAUAGUUCUUCACGGAAAAUUGGAACGAAAGAAAACGCUGAAAAUAGGAAAUCGCUAAGGAUACUAAGGAAAGAAAGUAGAAGUAAGGAAGAUGAUAAUAAAACAAUAGGGAAAAAACGAAAUUCAACUACGGUUAUAAAACUUGAUACUUCAUCGAGUUCUAGAGAUUUAAGAUCCAAAGAUUCUUUGAGAAAAUCUAAAUCAAUAACAUCUAGUCACGAUAAACGUUCUGAUCUGAAUGACUAUGAAAAGAAUGUCAAUAAGACAGCAAAUGACAACAGCCUGACGAAAAGUGAAAGUUGUGCAAAGCAACCAAAACAAAUGGAAAAGGCUAAAGUGUCUGGUGAUAAAAACAGUAGAGAAGACCAAAUUCGUCAUAACGAAUCUGGAAGACGAGAAAGUAGAAGCAGUUCAGAAUCUUACACCAGAAAUUUAUCAAGAAACAAAGAGAAAGAGUCGGACGAUAAACACAAAACUCAGAUUAGAAAAUCUGGAUAUAACACUUCGCCGGUUGGAAGUACCUGUAAAAGAACAACGCGACAAAGCAGCACUAGUUUGAAAUCUUCCAGCAAACGUUUAUCGAAAAGUAGUGAGGAACUGAUGAAUACAUCCAGUGAAACGCAAAGUAAAGGAAAAAGCGUUGAACCAAUUAGGAACAUUUCUAAAGAUAGCAGUAAAGGAAGUGAUGGAAAGAAUGUCAGGGAAAAAUCAUCCGUUACAGAAGUCAGGCGUAGUUCUCGUGUAUCGGAUAAGAAAAAGAAUAUCGGUGAUCAGGAAGUAACAAAGAAAGAUUCGAAGAGGGAAAUCCCAAAAACGAAAGCCAAAACAGAUGCCAAGAAGACAACAUCGGGAAAGAAGACAGACUUAGUAAGACACGAGGAUCGUAGUUUAAAAAGUCAGGAUAAUUCGUCCGUAAAACAAGAGAAAGGUGAUGCUUGUGGAACUGAAAAAGCAGCAGGGAAGGAAGAAAACUUGGAAAAGAAUGUGAAGGAAAAGGUUACUUGUAAAAAUGAAGAUUUCAGUUUGAAAAGUGCAGAUAAAUCAACCGUGAAACGGAAGGAGUCUGGCUUAAUGAAAUAUGGUAACUGUGGAACUGGGCAGACGGCAGGAAAGAAAGGUUCAAUCAAGGAAGACAGUUUGAAAAAGAAUGUGAAGGAAAAUGUUACUUGUAGUAACAAUGAUAAUAAAUUAGAACCGUACAAGAAAGGACAAUCUGUUUCAAAGAAAUCGGACAAUGAACGCAGCGAUGAAAGGAAGUCAGCGAGAAAUGCUGCGAAGGAAAAGAGCUUUUCCAGAGACGAAAAGCCUCCAGAAGAACAGAAAAAGAAAUUAGAAAAUGAUGAAACUGAUGCAAAGAGAACUCAGAAGAACAUUAAUAUUACAAGGAACAUCAGUGAAGAAUGUAGGAAUAACAAAAUUAAUACAACUAAAAGUUUGGAAAGUGGUAAAGAAAAGAUCUGCAAUUCGAGUGAAGCAACCCAAAAGAAGAACAAUGGUUCAGUCAAAGAGAAAGAUGGUAGUUUGAAAACCUCGGAAUCGUCUAAAAGUAGGGUAGCACAGAAAGUGAAGGCUGAAACGCUUACAGGCAAAGAAGCUGUGGCUAAAAAGAAGCUAACGGUAGAAGAAUAUAAAAAUAAGAAGAGGUCGGAAAGUAAAGAUUGGUUGAAAAAUGAAGCGAACAAAACAAGUAAAACUGUUAACGACAAAUCUGAGAAAUCAACACAACCUAAAACAUUAAAAGAGUCUGAAAAAUUACAACAGCCGAGGAAAUCAAGAUCUCAAAAACAGAUCUACAAAGGUGAUGAAGAAAAAUUGUCGCGCAAAAGAAAGAGGGAAGAUACGCCAGUUCGACCCCAAAAGGUCAGAAAAACUAAGAAUGUGGACACAAACAAGGAAAGUGUUAAAUUUGUUAAGACUAAAGAGGCGAAGCUACCGGGAAAUGUUGUUACUGUGCGUAUCUUAAAAGUAGAGCGAGGCAAAGCAUUGGUGUUAAAAAGACGGCAUGUUAAUCAGUUGUUUAUAAGAGGGGAUAAUAUUAUAAUGGUUGCUCAUGAAAAUGUUGGGACGACCGAAGAUAAAGUUGUGAAAACAAAAGUUACAGCUGUUCCUGAUUGAUCGAUUAAUCGAUUAUAUAUUUUGGCAAUCGAUUAUUCUUAACACUAAUCGUAUCACAGUGAUACAGAGCUUACAGUGAUCACUCGCAGAUGUUGCUUUAAAAAUAUUUUGAGAGUAAAAAUCAGACGUAUAAUCUGUCUUUGCAAUGUGAAUAAGUCUAUAUAAUCUUGUUUUUGGUUAGUUAUCUGUUUUACAUGGCUAUACGGCGGCACUUCCCUUGCGAUAGUAACUCCUAGUUCUCAACAAGUACAGCCAUGCAUAGCGUGAUACCUGGGCUACAUGAUCCUGGAUAGCUCUCUUUCCCGAUUGAGAAAAAUCACGAGGGGGUGGUAUUGUCGAUAUGAUCACAUGACAAACGCGAAGCAUUUCAUUGGCUGUCAAAUAAUAGGUUUAAAACAUGCCCGUGUCUAGAUUUAUUCAAUAUUGGAUUAAUCGAUUGUUGAUUACGAUUUAAGCGAUUACGAUGGGAGCAGCUGUAACAAAUGUCAAUACAUCAGUAACAUGUACUGGCCUUGUUAUUUAAAAUAAUACACCUAUUAUGUGAUGCUUGUGAUCAAGUUUAUUUUUAUAACAAAUGUCUUGUAUUUAAUUGUUUAUUUAUUUAUUUCUGUUGUAUAUUUUUGUACGAGUGUUUUAUGACCUUUCCUACUCACACAAGCGACAUAAGAAAAUGCAUAGUUAUUUUAUUCUACACACUAAAUUAUUUUGAAGAAAAAGCUGUUGUGUAUUGUCCACUGUAUGACUGAAUUCGGUACCGUUUGAGGAGAUUAAAACAUCCCAUAGGCCAUACCUGUGGCGGUGUUAAAAGCUCUGAUUAAAAGCGGCUUUCUGAUUGGUUCCGAGUAGGUGAGUUUUUUCGAACUCACCUGCCCUUCGUUGCCAUCCGCGUCGAUAACAAUGGCGAACAAGAUUUGGCCGAUAAACCUGAACUUUAAAGAACUUUUUUCGGUGACUAACCUACUGAGACUGAAGAAAAACCAAAGAAAAAAAGAUGGAAUGAAGGCAAUCACGACGUAGAUAAAGAAAUAUUAAGAGC